AUGGAUCAGGCAAGAAAUUUCUACAACACAAUUUUGAAGUCGUCGCACCCGUUGCUGCUAUCAUUCCAUUUGGCAGGUAAGGCUGUUCCUAUAGUGUUUUACAUCAUAGGUUCUAUGUUUUUGAAUUUCACGCCUCAAUUCAUCACUGUCGUUCUUUUGCUUUCUUUCGAUUUUUACUUAACAAAGAAUAUUACAGGUCGAAAACUGGUUCAAUUACGCUGGUGGUACGAUUCUACAGAUGUGAACAAAAAUUCUAAUUUUACUUUCGAGUCAUAUAAGCAAUAUGCGCCAGGUCCACCAAUAAAUGCUAUUGAUUCUAAAUUAUUCUGGUGGUCGAUGUACGUGACACCCGUAAUUUGGGGUGUCUUCGCUGUGUUAUGUCUUUUGAGAUUAAAAAUAUUUUACUUGAUUUUGGUUAUCGUGGCAAUGUGCCUGACCGCGUGGAACACAUAUGGAUUUCGCUGUUGCGACAGAUGGGAACCCACCAGUGGAGAAUCUGACGGCCAGGAUACCAAUUCUUGGUUUGCAUUUCCUUCUGUUCCAGGCUUUGAAAACCUUUCAAGGCUGGCUAAUAUCCAAUCUUUUUUUCAGAGACAAUAA